AUUAUUUAAUGAGUUGUAUAGAAAACGGACUCGUCCUUUUCUGGGCUCGCUUCAUGUGAGCUUUCAAUAUUUUCUGUGCUAAAUUAAUAUUAUUUUCGUGUUAUUGAAGUAAAAUAUAGCACAAUGUAUUCUAGCGACGAUUAUAAUGAGGGUGGGUACGAGUCGUACGGAGACUAUGAGCCUCAUACUGGAGAUCCUCAAUAUGAUUUGGAAUACGACAGAUCAUACUACAAGAUGCCUGAAAUGGUUAAGAAAUUCCUCGUUUACUUUCGUAAUAUGAUCAACGAGGGUGUAACAUACGAGAUCUUGAAUCUGUAUGAGAACACAUUCCCGAAGCUCACAGACCAGUAUUUUGAGAACACUCCCUGGCCAGAUGAGAAUGAAGUGGCCCCUAUUGUGGACAAUGAUCAUGUGUUCAUGAUCUUGUACAAAGAGCUGUACUACCGCGACAUCUACGCCCGCGUGCCGGGCGGCCCGAAGCCAGAGCAGCGCUUCCACUCAUUCUACAACUACUGUGACUUGUUUAAUUACAUCCUCUCCGCUGAGACCCCGGUGCCUCUGGAGCUGCCCGACCAGUGGCUCUGGGAGCUCAUUGACGAGUUUGUCUACCAGUUCCAGUCAUUUGCCCAAUAUAGGUCGCGCACAUCCAAGUUGAGCCCGGCGGAGAUCGAGACUCUGAACACGGAGAAUAAGGCAUGGAAUGUCCUCUGCAUCCUCAAUGUGCUGCACUCGCUUGUUGACAAGUCCAACAUCAAGCGACAACUUGAGGUGUACGCGACAGGUGGUGAUCCAGACUCCGUGGCGGGAGAGUUCGGGCGGCACUCGCUGUACAAGAUGUUGGGAUACUUCUCGCUGGUGGGGCUGCUGCGCCUGCAUUCGCUGCUCGGCGACUACUAUCAGGCCAUCAAGGUCCUGGAGAACAUAGAGCUCCACAAGAAGUCGCAGUACUCCCACGUGCCGGCGUGCCAGAUAUCAACCUCCUACUACGUGGGCUUCGCGUACAUGAUGAUGCGCCGGUACGCCGACGCCAUCCGCACGCUGUCCUCUGCGCUCCUCUACAUGCAGAGGACUAAACAGCUGUUCUCGUCCCGCUCGUACCAGAACGAUCAGAUCAACAAGCAGACGGAACAGAUGUACCAUCUCCUUGCUAUGUGCUUGGUGCUGCAUCCGCAGUGUGUCGAUGAGUCUAUCCAGCAGGUGCUCCGCGAGAAGAAUUACCACGAGAAGAUGUACAAGAUGCAGUACGGCGAGCUGCAGGAGUUCGAGAGCUGCUUCACGUUCGCCUGCCCCAAGUUCCUGUCGCCCUGCCCGCCCCCCAUCGAGCCUGGCGCGAACUACGCGCGUGACGCCGUCAAGCACCAGACCCAAGUGUUUAUGGAUGAGGUCCGCCAGCAGAAGAUGCUGCCAACGAUCCGCUCGUACCUGAAGCUGUACACCACCCUCCCGCUGGCCAAGCUGGCGGCGUUCAUGUCGGCGGCGCGCGGCGGCGAGCGCGACGCGGCCCGCGAGCACGCCGCCCUGGCCAUACACCUGCUCUGCUUCAAGCACAAGAUGAAGAACGUCGUCUGGACUAAGGGGCCUAGUGGACUCGAUGGGAAGUUCCAGAGUGGAUCUGAGUUGGACUUCUACAUUGACAACGACAUGAUUCACAUCGCGGACACCAAGGUGGCGCACCGUUACGGAGACUUCUUCAUCCGCAAGCUGCUCAAAUUUGAGGAGCUCAACAGGAAACUCCACCACAUCAAGAUUUAAAUCUGUCGCAAAUUUUGUAUAAGCCCACGUAAAUAAAACCAUCAUAUAAAUAUAA